ACCCCCGCCCCCUGCCCCUCGUACAUAAAUAUAUGUCAAAGAAUUUCUUAUGAACCCAGAAUUUUAAAAUCCUCCCCAUUUCUCCUCCACUUUAUCAACUUGACUUUGAUCAUCACAUCAAUUUUUUUGUGACAGGCUUGUAGAUCAACACUUCAAGAGUCGAAUCUGAGCUGGGAAAAAGGAAGAUCUAGAGUUUUAUUUGUCAUUAGAAGAAGUAUGUCUUUUAUUGGGACACAACAGAAAUGCAAGGCCUGUGAAAAGACAGUUUACCCGGUGGAGCUGUUGUCAGCUGAUGGGGUUAAUUAUCACAAGUCUUGCUUCAAAUGCAGCCAUUGCAAAGGAACACUUAAGCUGAGCAAUUUCUCCUCAAUGGAAGGUGUUCUGUAUUGCAAGCCCCAUUUUGAGCAGCUUUUCAAGGAGUCUGGCAACUUCAAUAAGAACUUUCAGUCACCUGCGAAGUCAGCUGAGAAGUUAACUCCUGAGCUGACAAGGUCGCCUAGUAAAGCUGCUGGCAUGUUUUCUGGCACGCAGGAAAAAUGUGCAACUUGUGGUAAAACAGCUUACCCACUCGAGAAGGUGACAGUGGAGAACCAAAGUUAUCAUAAGACAUGUUUCAAGUGUUCUCAUGGUGGAUGCUCUUUAUCUCCUUCGAAUUAUGCCGCCCUAAAUGGGAUUUUAUACUGCAAACCUCAUUUUUCACAGCUUUUCAAGGAGAAAGGCAGCUACAAUCAUUUGAUCAAGUCUGCCUCGAUGAAACGUCCAGCUGCAACCGUUCCAGAUUCUUAAACUCCAUGUUUCAGUCACAACUACUUUAUCCAUCCACAUGGACUUGAUAUUUCUUGAGUGUGUUUCUUGCGCUUUCUUUGUUCAUUAGCUGGUAACCUCGUCAUUUUGGGUUACUGGUUUGACCAUCGUGAAGGCUAUUGUCCUGAUUUAUUGUAUCAUUUAACUUUUGGAUGUUGAAAUUCCUGCCCCUAUCAAAUGAUCUUUGGCAGGAGCUAAUUGUGUGAUACAUAACAGUGUUGUUACUUAGUAUUCUUCUGUUGCUCUCCUUA